CCCAAAUAUCUUCCUCACCACCACAAGUCCACCGUCCCCUAUUCAAGCAAGACACUGACACGACGUCGUCAGCACAUAUCAACUGGUAUAGGGAUCACAUACUUCAAAAUCGGUCAAGAUGCCAGCAGAGCUCAACGGAGUCAAGUCUGCGGACAUCGACUCCAAUAUCAGAUUGUUAAUCGACGCCCUGGUCAACAUUAAAGAUGAGACAGGCAAGUUCCUAUUGACUCUCGACGAUGGCCGCGUAAUCGACACGAAGGGGUGGAACGACUGGGAAUGGACACACGGCAUCGGUCUCUACGGCAUCUGGCAAUACUACGAGCUCAAGGGCGACCCUGAAUGCCUGCAAAUCAUCGAAGACUGGUUCGCCGACCGGUUCGCCGCCGGUGGCACCACCAAGAACAUCAACACCAUGGCCGUCUUCCUCACGCUGGCCUACGUUUACGAGCGUACCGGUAACCAUACCUACCUGCCGUGGCUCGACAGUUGGGCCGAGUGGGCCUACCACGACCUCGAGCGCACCAAGCAUGGUGGCAUGCAGCACAUUACCUACGUAGAAGUCAAUGACCAGCAGCUGUGGGACGACACGCUCAUGAUGACGGUGAUGCCGCUGGCCAAGAUUGGGCUGGUGCUCAACCGCCCCCAUUACGUCGAGGAGGCCAAGCGCCAGUCCCUCUUGCACAUCCAGUAUUUGUUUGAUGCUAAGUCCGGCCUGUUCUUCCACGGUUGGGAGUUCAACGACAAGGGUGGCGGGCACAACUUUGCCAACGCCCGCUGGGCCCGCGGAAACAGCUGGCUGACCAUCUUCAUCCCCGAGUUCAUCGAGCUGCUGGACCUCGGGCCGCAGGACCCCAUCGGGUACAUACUGCGGAGCACACUUGAGGCGCAGUGUGAAGCACUCAAGUCUCUCCAAACCAAGUCCGGGCUGUGGCGGACGCUACUGGACGUGCCGGAGAGCGAAGGGUCGUAUCUCGAGACCAGUGCCACGGCCGGGUUCGCGUUUGGGAUCAUGAAGGCGCUGAGGAAGAAGUACAUCGUCGGCAAGGAGUACGAGGACGUGGCGGUUCACGCACUAAAGGGGGUUCUAGACAAUAUUAGCGACAAGGGGGGGCUACUAGGUACCUCGUUUGGGACGGGCAUGGGAAGGGAUUUACAGCAUUAUAAGGAUAUCCCGAUUACCUGUAUGCCGUAUGGUCAGGCUAUGGCAAUUAUGGCUCUUGUGGAAUUUUCGAGGAGGUUCAUAUAGGUAAGAUAAAAAGACAAUGAACAGUCAUCAACAGAGCAGGUCGAAGACACUCCGCGAUUCCAUGCGACUUCAUCAGGUAAUUCGAGCGCUCAUGAAGAGUUGAUUGGCCAAACGCUGGGACAAAGCACCAUGCUACAGCAGUGAUCAUCGAAGGCGUCAGCCUGUCUCAAAAAGCAGUCACUCACUGCAUAAUGAACCUUGAAAUGAAGCGUGUGUUACCACUACACCACGAGGCUUCUACUCGCUGCUGAAUUGCUGUCAACUACCGAGCCUCGAAAGAGUGGCUAUAUAGGUAGGUAUCUAUCUACUUCUGACCUUCCCAAGGUCGCAGGG